CAGUAAAAAUCACCCCCAUCUUUGGUGAUGAUGCAACUCUCGUUGAUUUUGAUUCUUCCUGCAUAACAUGCAUAUUUAAGGCUGGAUCCUUUUGUGAUAAUUCACCUGGUGAUAAUGGGAAUCAAACCAAUUCAGAUAUUCUAUUCAAUGCUGAAGUUGUUGAUGCUAGAUGUCCUGAUGGUCAAAAAUGUAAUGUUGAUAAGAAUGAUGAUGGGUUAGCAACUUGUGUCGAGUAG